GCGACAGAGACGGAUGGUCAGGGCCGUCCCCGUCUCUAACCCGAACAUGAAAGGAGAACUGAUUCAGACCCGGUUAUAGUACCGAACCAGGCUACGCUUUUGUAUACUCUUUAUUUUUUUUCAAUUACAAAAAACAAAACAAAAAAUGGAAGACGAGUAUAUGUGUGAAUACGACUCGACGUGGGACACAGAGAGUGAUGGAGACGACCCGGCCGGAGAGAGCCAGAGCCGUCGGUCAAAUCAAGACAAAAACAAGUCUUCUUGGGCUAUAUGGCAUCACACACCCAGAAAUAUGAGGGCAGCAAAAGACAUGCAGAAUUACAGAAGAGGAUAUCCUAAUCUAACAGAUGAUGAUUGCUCAGAAGACAAAAUGAACAACCUGCAGUUCUAUCUAAACAAGUUUCCAUCUGCUCCUGAUGAUAUCUAUAUUGAGUGCUUUCUUAAAGAAUGGAAAAACGACUACAAAAAACUGGAGCGGGUUCACUCUUACAUCCAGUGGCUGUUUCCACUGCGAGAACCAGGGGUUAAUUAUAUGGCUUCAGAGCUCACCAAGAAGGAAAUUGAGGCUUUCAAGAAGAAUGAGGAGGCCAAAAGGAGGCUGGUGGAGGCGUAUGAACUCAUGUUGGGUUUCUACGGCAUUCGUCUGGUCAACAAAGACACGGGGGAAGUGAAGCGCGCAGAAAAUUGGAAGGAACGUUUUGGAAACCUGGAGAGAAAUAUGCACAACAAUCUCCGGAUAACUCGCAUCCUGAAAAGCCUCGGGGAGCUUGGCUUCAAGCACUACCAGGCUCCACUUGUGCGCUUCUUCCUGGAAGAGACUCUAGUCAAGAAGACGCUGAGUAACGUUAAGCGCAGCGUGUUGGACUAUUUCCUGUUUGCCGUGCUGGAAAAGCAGGAACGCCAGGAUCUCGUGCGCUUCGCCUACCUUCACUAUGAGCCGAAGGACAAGUUUGUGUGGUGUCCCAGAAAGAUCCAGAAACAAUUCAGGAAGGGCACCAGAAACUCUGACGUCGGAAAUGGAGACGGGAAAGAGGAUGUCGUGCACAGUAAAAACGAUGAGGAUGCAAUACAGCCGAAAGAAGAUGGGAUGAAUAAUGUCACUAAGACCCUGGAAGGAAGUGAUAAAAUUAAAGACAAGAGCAAACAGGCGGAGGAGUCUGAUGAGCCACCAGCAGAAACAGAGGCUGUCGGGAACGGAAACGUGGAAACGGAGUCUAUUAUUGAAAAUAUGAGGAAUGGAAAUGAAUUUCCAAAUGAUGAUGAUGAUGACGAUGACAUUGAUGAAAUGGACCAGUCCCCGAGUCUAGAUGGCGACACCAUAAACAGUGAGCAGAAAUCUACCAGCAUUGCCAAGGACGUCCAAGAUCUGGACGUUAUGCAAACCGGUGCGGAUGAAGAGCCCGAAAAACCUCCAAAAAAGAAAAGGGAAGGCGACGAGGAUCCGCCUACCAACAACCCUGCAGCUGCUGCCGCCGGCCUGUUGCAGGAAAAGGCUCCUCAUAAAUCUACAGGUCAAACAAGCCCUUCAGUUCACACUCCUCUUAAGACCUCAAAACACUCACCCUCUCUGUCUUCUGAAAGGGAGGAAAAGAUCCCUAGGACGGAUUUUAUUCAACCGUCGGAUCAAAAAGAAAACAAGAUGGAAAAUCGUUCCGCUUCAAACAGAAGCAGCAAAGUCGUAGAAGGACAGAGCAACGGGACGGAGUCGGAGGACGUUCCCAUGGAUUCAACCCCCUCAAGCUCCAAUCACAAUGAGGGAGCCUCAUGAAUAAGUGGUGACAGAAGGAAACUCAUAUAAACUUAGAUUUGAUGUAUUAUAGGAACUGAAUCUGACUGGACAUUUUCUAGGCCUUAUUUCUACUAUAUUUGAUGUUAAGAUAUUAUUCAUUCUUUUCACUUUAAAUGAAUUAUGGUAUGCUACAUUUGGGUUUCUUAAAACAUUCAAGACAAAAACUAAAAAGACCAAAAGCAGCAAUACAUUAAUCAGAUGCCAUAGUUUAAGAUUGAAUCACAUGAAGUGAUUAAAACAGGAAAAACGUUCUCUGAUGCUGAGAUUUGCAGCUGUAAUGAAAAGAAGUGAUUUAAUCGUUUUAUGUAUAUUUUUAUCAGCUGAAUAAGGCUGUGGUUUAAAAUAGAUUUUUUUCUUUGACAAUGUAAACAUCACACAGAUAAUUUAAUUUAAUACGGGUGCAUCUCAACAAAUUUGAACAUCAUGGAGGAGUUUAAUUUAUUUCAGUGAUUCAGUUCAGAGUUAAAAACAUACCCCCGUUUCAUAUAUUUCAAUUUUCUUAUUUGGUUUUAAUUUUGAUGAUUUGCAUCUAAUAAAAAUCUAAAGUUCAGUUUCUGAAAAAAUUUGAAUAAAAAAAAUGAUUUCAAACAUAGACAAGUAAUCAUACUAAAAUGUAAUGUAUUCAGUUUUUUGUUUAAGGGUGAGAAAUUUUGGAUAUUACAUAAGACCAAAUAAAGCAUCUUAUGUACAGAAAUGUUAUUUGAUAGUCUACAAAACCACAGGGAAGACUGCUGACUUGAUAUUGUUACGUCGACACAGAAGGUCAUGAGGCUAUUCACAUUGCUGUAUCCAGGCAUAUUAAUUGAAAGUUUAGUGGAAGAAAAAAAAAAGAGAUUAUAUGAAGCAGAUCAAUGUUAACCCCAAUAGCUUGUGCUGAUGUUCCUGAAAACAUCAGCACAAGCUGAUUAUCUUCACUAAUGCAGUAAUUCACAUAAAAAUAUUCCUGACCAAGGAUUGGAGCAAUUAUAUGGGUAGAAUUUAUUAAAUACUUUUUUUUCUUUUCUCUAUACAUGGUCUUAUGGAAUCCCCUAUUUUUUAGCUGAGUUUUGCAUUUUUAUUAUUUGCAAGCCACAAUAUUUAAAAUGUGUAUGGAAUGAACCUAAAAAAUGUUUUACUUUCAAGUUCAAUUAUUCAAAUAAAUUAACUUUGAAGUUUAAAUUUAUUUAGAUGCACCUCUUUUAUGCGUAGGGUGGAAAUCAACUGCAGCAUAAAUGUAAUAUCUGCAUACAGAUUUAAAUGCGGGUUUAAAAGGGUUUUUAUUUCAUUAUAGCCACAUUUUUUGCACUGAGAUUUAAUUGAUUUCUAUGAACUUUUUUCCGUCUUUGGGCUGUUUUUGUGUUUGUAAAACGAUGUGUUUUUUUAAAAUCCUGCUGUUCAAAUGAAGUUAAAAUCGUAUUUCAGAAAAUGAUGCAUACUGUAUGCUGUCAUGCUGAUUUGGGAAGUUGUUUGCAGCUGAAAGCCUUGCCAAAAAAAAACAAAAAAACAAAUGUGAUGAGACUGGUUGAUUGUACAAUGUGUUUGUCUUGAAUGAAAUGAUGCUUUGGCUGCAACUUAACUCUGUGUGUUCCUCUUUGAAAUGGGUGCAGUCCAUGAAAAUGGAAGAUCCAGUGUGAUCAGGCAUCCUUUUAUAUUUGCACUGAUUUGUGCUAUAACUUGUUGAAGUUACUGUAUAAUUCUACCUGAAUAGACCUUUAUAAUAAUUUCCCAGUUACACACCUGGCUGUUGCAAGAACUGAAUAAAGUCAUCCUAUUUUCUGAAAAUGA